AUGAUUCAUACGAUCGUGCAGUGUGUACUAUUUUUCCUUACCUUGUACUGCUACCGAGCCUGGCGUAACCGGCGAACAUGGCAUCUUCUGAAGAGGCUUCCCGGUCCAGUCAACUUUCCGCUUAUCGGAUCCGUCUACAUCCUUCCCGGUACCAAUACAACUUUGUACUUCCGGGUGUUGCUCGAGCUGACCCGUACGUAUGGGUCGCCUUACUGCGUUUGGCUUGGGCCCAUGCCGGUAGUUAUCGUAAGCAGUGCGGAACACGCCAGAAUCAUACUGUCCUCGCAAGCUUCCAUGGAAAAGGCAAGUUUCUACCGUUUCACGCCAUUACGCGGUAUCUUCUCGCUUCCGGUACACCAAUGGCGACCCCACCGAAAAGUGAUUCAACCGAGUUUCAAACUUUCCAUCUUGCAAAGCUUCAUUCCUGUGUUUGAGCAGAAGGCAAACGUGAUGGUUGAAAGGCUGGCAACACAUGUAGAUGGAACGAAAUCGUUCGAUGUCUACCGUUUUACCGCUCGUUGCACUCUGGAUAUGAUUUGUGCUACAACUCUUGGCACCGAUAUGCACUUUCAGGAAGCGCCCACUUGCAGCUACUUGGAGUAUCUGGAACAACUCUUUCACCUCAUUACAAUCCGCGCGGCAAACGUUUUCCUUCAUCCGGAUUGGCUGUACCGGUGGACGUCGGUGUAUCGGGCCGAAAGAAAGGCAUUUACAGAAUUUUGUCGACCAGCGAAGGACAUUUUACUUACAAAAUCGUGCGCCAAUAACAACGAGUCACAGUCCAACAGUCUCGUGGAGCUGUUACACGCUACGAUGAGAAAAGAUGGACAGCCGAAUCUGGAGGUUGUUGAGCACGAGCUCAAUACGAUUAUUUUCGCUGGAAAUGAAACCAGUGCCUUAACUGUGGCCAACACACUUCUUUUGCUGGCGAUGUAUCCGAGUGUGCAAGAUAAAUUGGUAGCCGAGCUACGGGAGCACUUGGGCGACUCAACGGAGAACGUUCGCUACGAAACGCUACAGAAGCUGGUCUAUCUUGAGAUGGUUCUCAAGGAGUCAAUGCGAUUGUUUCCCAUCGCACUGGUUAUCGGUAGAAAGACAACUGAAGAAAUACCCCUUGGGGAACACGUUUUGCCGGCGGGUGUAGAUGUUUUUAUCGAUAUCUUCAACAUUCACCGAAAUCCUGCGUACUGGGGACCCGACGCCGACCAGUUUCGUCCGGAGCGGUUUCAGACGCUGCGCUACGACCAGUUCGCAUUUUUGGCUUUUAGCGCGGGUCCGAGAAAUUGCAUCGGAUUACGGUACGCGUUGAUUUCGAUGAAAAUUAUGCUACUGAAGGUGUUGGCCAGCUAUCGGCUUGAAACGGAUUUAAAGCUCGCAGAUUUGGUAAUGAAACUUGAGCUAACGAUUAAAAUUACUAACGGCCAUAUGGUGAGAUUAAAGCGAAGAUGA